ACACACUGGGUCUGAUAUAAUAAUAAUCGGUUCGCUCGGCUCACACAAGAAUCAAUAUCAUCAGCCAUAGAAGCUUGAGAGGAGGACGAUAAUGGCGGAUUGGGGACCGGUGGUGAUCGCGGUGGUGCUAUUCAUUCUGUUAAGCCCAGGCCUUCUGUUUCAGUUUCCGGCAAGAGGCCGAAUUGUGGCGUUUGGAUCCAUGGAAACCAGUGGCAUCUCCAUUUUAAUUCAUGGCAUUAUCUUCUUCGGCCUCAUCACCAUCUUCCUCAUCGCCAUUGGCGUCCACAUCUAUACUGGAUAAGAUUACAGAGAGGAGCUUGCUUUUCUUUUCAUAUUUUUCUAGGGUUCGUGUGUUUUCUUAGCUUUAAUUAAUUAUUUCUGGUUUAGUGUUUAAUUUCUUUUUUUUUAUUUGGCUCCUCUAUCUACUUAAGUCUUUGAUUCAGAUUAUAGUCAGGCUUGAACUAGAGAGCUUGGCUUUAGGGUUUAAUUAAUCCUUUGUUGUUAAACGUGGGUGACUUUUGAUUAGUUUUGUGUGUUGUUCUUGUCUCAGAGAAAAUAGAUGUGGGUCCGUAUUAUGAUGUA